AUGAUAAAAAAUGCGUCAUCAUCGACGCCUAUGCGACCAGCUAUUAAUAUUCAAAAAGAUCCAUAUGUUUUUUCUGACGAUGCAUUAAAAUCACCUUCGAAUCAUGUUUCUAUGGAUGUUUCGAAUAUUGUUACACCGUAUCAAACCAAAAUCCAACAAGAGCCAAAUGAAAAGCGUACUAAAAAAUGGUCUAUUGAUGAUUUUAAUAUUGGUCGACGAUUAGGAGAAGGCUCUUUUUCGACUGUAAUUUUAGUUGAAGAAAAGAAAACAGGCUUUCUUUGUGCUCUCAAAGUAAUUAAGAAAUCAACCAUUCGACAGUAUCAACAAGAACAUCAAUUAAUACGUGAACUUGAAAUUCAUAUGCGUUUAUUCCAUAAACAUAUACUACGCAUGUAUGAUUUUUUUUAUGAUUCAAGUCGUAUAUAUGUUAUACUCGAAUAUGCAGCUAAUGAUACAUUAGCUUCAUAUUUAAAACAUCAUCAACAUUUGGAUAAUAUACGAACAGCAACAUUUAUAUAUCAAAUAGCGGACGCGCUGAAUUAUUGCCAUCGUUUAAAAAUAAUGCAUCGUGAUUUGAAACCAGAAAAUAUCCUUUUAGGACAAUUUCAUGAAAUAAAAUUAGCCGAUUUUGGACUUGCACUACAUUGCCCAAGUUCAAGAAGAACACAGUAUAUUGGUACGAUGGAUUACAUGGCACCUGAAGUUAUUGAAAAUGAAGAUGUAAAUAUUGAUGAUUUAUCAUGUUCACCGGCUGAUUCAACAACAAAAUCACCUAUUCCAUAUGAAGAAUCAGCUGAUUUGUGGAGUUUAGGUAUAAUAACAUAUGAAUUACUUGCUGGAACAACGCCUUUCUAUGAUGCAGAAUUAACCAUAACAAAAAAACGUAUUUUGUCAUGUGAUUAUGUGUUACCCGAUAAUAUACAUAUGGAUGCGAGUCAUUUUAUAAGUCACUUACUUAAAUAUGAUCGACUAGAACGUUUAACAAUACCUGAUGUGUUUGAACACAUUUUUAUUCGAUCAUUUGCACAAAUUAAUUUCCUUAAUGAAACACUUCAUCACUUUGCUUCAAUGCAUCAUUCUCAAAACAAUCCACAAUAA